AUGGACGCAGCUACUCAGUUGGUCUACUGCGGAGUCGAUCCUUUGCACCGUAAAUUAUCAUUUUCGACCAACUUGCAAAAGUCAACCAAUCGCCGGCCAUUCUCAAGAAUGCUUAAAUUCCGAAACCAAAACGCCGUCGUAAAGGCCAUUGCCACGGAACCGGGACCGUCGGAUACUAAGCCUGCCAAAUCAUCUCCACCGUCUCCCAAAGUUGUUAAUGGGAAAACGCCGUUGUAUAAACCGGUCAACGGUGCUUCCACUGAGACUGCAAUAAGGGUUAUUCAGUUGACUGACAGGAAAAAGUUAAGCAACAGAGGGGUUGCAGGUAGAAUGAUCUAUAUACGCAGUAAUGAGGUUGCUCGAGCCAUCGAACUGAGGGAGAUAGUUACCUCCUUGGGUCCAGCAUACAUAAAACUUGGUCAAGCAUUGAGCAUUCGACCUGAUAUACUGUCACCUACUGCAAUGAUUGAGCUGCAAAAGCUUUGUGAUAAGGUUCCAUCAUUUCCAGAUGAUGUGGCUAUGGCUCUUAUUGAGGAGGAGCUUGGACAACCGUGGUCUAAAAUUUACUCUGAACUUUCUUCCUCCCCCAUAGCUGCUGCAUCCCUCGGCCAGGUCUAUAAGGGCCGGCUAAAAGAAAAUGGGGAUCUGGUAGCUGUCAAAGUACAGAGGCCUUUUGUCCUUGAGACUGUAACAGUUGAUUUAUAUGUUAUAAGGCACUUGGGACUUUUUCUUCGCAAAUUUCCGCAGAUAUCCAUCGAUGUUGUUGGAUUGGUUGAUGAAUGGGCUGCUCGCUUCUUUGAGGAACUCGAUUAUGUUAAUGAGGGAGAAAAUGGAACACUUUUUGCUGAAAUGAUGAAGAAGGACCUUCCUCAGGUUGUUGUGCCAAAGACAUAUCCCAAAUACACUUCAAGGAAGGUUCUUACAACGGGAUGGAUAGAAGGAGAGAAGCUAUCACAAAGUACUGAAAGUGAUGUUGGUGAACUAGUAAAUGUUGGAGUGAUAUGUUACCUUAAGCAGUUACUUGACACAGGCUUCUUCCAUGCUGAUCCACAUCCAGGAAAUUUAAUUCGUACUCCAGAUGGGAAGCUAGCUAUACUGGAUUUUGGUCUUGUUACAAAAUUGACAGAUGACAAAAAGUAUGGCAUGAUUGAAGCUAUUGCUCACCUUAUUCAUCGCGAUUACCCUGCUAUAGUCAAAGAUUUUGUCAAACUCGACUUCAUUCCAGAAGGAGUUAAUUUGGAACCCAUUUUGCCAGUGCUGGCCAAGGUUUUUGACCAGGCUCUUGAAGGUGGGGGAGCAAAAAAUAUCAACUUUCAGGACCUGGCAUCUGAUUUAGCACAAAUAACGUUUGAUUAUCCAUUCAGAAUACCGCCUUAUUUUGCUCUUAUAAUCAGAGCAAUUGGGGUGCUGGAGGGCAUAGCUUUAGUGGGGAAUCCUGAUUUUGCCAUUGUAGAUGAAGCCUAUCCGUACAUUGCCCAGAGGCUAUUGACUGAUGAAUCCCCACGUCUAAGGACUGCAUUGCGAUAUACAAUAUAUGGGAAAUCUGGAAUAUUUGAUGCCGAAAGAUUUAUAGAUGUCAUGCAAGCUUUUGAAAAUUUCAUUGAUGCGGCGAAGAGUGGAGGUGGAGAAAGUAUGAAUGGGAGGAUGGCAGAGCUUGGCAUUCUACAAAGUCAAAACAACAAUUUGGCUACAGUAUUUUCAACGAAUGGUUCACCAACAUUAGCUUUUCCAACACAGCCAAUCCAAACAAGAGCAGCCUUGGUAUUUUUACUGUCUGAAAAGGGGAAUUUUUUUCGAGAGUUUCUCUUAGAUGAGAUUGUAAAGGGCAUCGAUGCUGUUACGAGGGAACAGUUGGUACAGAUAAUGGCAUUUUUUGGAAUUGGAAAUGUAUCUCCACUUUUCAGCAUGGUUCCUACUCUGGGACCUAUUAGACCUGCUGCUCUUCUUCCAACAAUUACUGAGGAAGACAAGGUCAUACUGAACAAUGUCCAGAAAAUCAUCGAAUUCUUAGCAUCUGGAACAGCAGCUUCAACAGAGGGAGUAAAUGUUCCUCUAGUGAUCCAAGAGCUGCUUCCAGUGUUGCCAGGACUCUCUGCACAAGUGCUUCCGGAGGUGCUUAGUCGGUUAUCUUCCCGGGUACUGGCACGUGUACUGCGAGAUACUUUACUUUAAAUCGAGUCAACAUAAACACAUACGAAAAUACAAAACCUUUAUUAUUAGCUGGUUUCUGAAAUAGGUUUCUUGUAAUAGUACAGGACUUGGUCAAUACAAUGACUCAAUAACUGUACAUAAGGUUAAACUGGAGAACGACAGAAAGCUAACAAUUUUUUUCA